ACUACGCAAACGAGUAGCGGAAGUAGAAGAUGCUGGUCGUCCAUCUUGGAAAUGCGGUUUACAGUUAUUUUAUAUACAUCAAUGGGCACAACAAGGGAAUAAAAUCACAGCACAUUGAGCAGAAGAACAAUUUAAAGCUAUCGAAUUUUAUGACGUUUUAAUUAAAAAAUAAAUAACAUCUCAAAAUGUCUAAACUGGAGUUGUUCAACGCGUAUCUCAGUGAACGGCUGACUGCGGCGGCGAGGGAGAUAACAUCGGCAGUAGAGAGAACGAUAACAGACUAUCAGGACGAAAUCUCCCGUUACAAGGAGGACAACGAACGGUUACGACUGCUGCUGGAUUUCAAACCACAUUUACACUUACAUACAAAAGACCCCCAACAGCUCACCUUCACAGUCUCUAAAGAGGAGGUUCCCACUGAGCAGCAGCACUGUGAACAAGUGUGUCCCCGUACGGGGCAGCAGGUCCCAGAGCCCACACAGAUUAAAGAUGAAGAGGAGGAAGAGCUGCUUCAAGAGUCUGAUACCAAAGACUUCAUUACUGUCUGUGUGGUGAGUGACUGUGAGGGCGUGAACACACGUCAUGCAUCCCACACUGUGGGGAGUAGAGCCGGAGGUUCGCCAUUCAAUAACACAACUGGAGGGAUCCAGACAGAGCCCGAUGAUGAAGACUAUAUAGACUACAUAGUAUCAGAACCAUCCAGUCCUACAGCUCAGAGUGAAAACAGUGGGAGGGACACCGAUGGGGAGAGCAUGGAGCUACCGCCGGGGUCAAAGCCACGCAAAUCACAAAGAAAACGGGCGAAGAAAGGAACAAGCGUUGUUGAAGAAGCUUCUCCUUAUAGCUGCAAGCUGUGUGGGAGGACUUUUGUUCGAAUGGGUUUUUUAGUUAACCAUGUGCAAAGAACACACACAAAGCAUGCUGAACAAUACCGUUGUGGUGUGUGUGAAGGAGUCUUGGACUCGAAAGAAAAUCUGACAGUUCACGUGCAAACCCACACUAAAGAGAGAACUACUCCUCACUCUCAAACCCACACUGAAUCAAAACCUUGGCACAAUGCUCACACUCAAACCCUCACUGAACCAAAACGUUGGCCUGGUGCUCACCCUCAAACCCUCACUGAACCAAAACCUAGGCCCAGUGAUCACCCUCAAACCCUCACUGACCCAAAACCUUGGCCCAGUGCUCACCCUCAAACCCUCACUGACCCAAAACCUUGGCCCAGUGCUCACCCUCAAACCCUCACUGAACCAAAACCUAGGCCCAGUGCUCACCCUCAAACCCUCACUGAACCAAAACCUAGGCUUACUGCUCACCGGCAAACCUUCACUAAAGGGAUGCCUACUCCUCAACUUCAACCUGCAGCCAAACCUACUUGUCAUGUUUGUGGCAAGUGUUUCCCUUACAAUCAUAAUCUGAAACUACACAUGCGCACUCACACAGGCGAGAGACCGUUCAAAUGCAGAGAAUGUGGUAAAUGCUUCCGAUCUAAGGGAUAUAUGAAGGUGCACUUGAGGAUUCACACUGGAGAGAAACUAUUCCAAUGCAAAGAAUGUGACAAAGGCUUCCCUACCAAGCAAUACCUGACCAAACACACGCUGUUCCACACAGGGGAGAAAUCCUACCAGUGUAAGGACUGUGGGAAAGGCUUCGACCAGAGGGAACACCUUGAACAGCACCAGUCAACUCACACGGAGGAGAAGCCAUAUGGUUGCAUAGAGUGUGGCAAAUGUUUUAAAGACACUUACCAUCUGGCCAGACAUAAGCUGGUUCACACAGGGGAGAGACCUUUCACGUGCACUGUGUGUGGACGGGGCUUCAGCACCCAAGGUAACCUGAAAGUUCACCAGCGGAUUCACACCGGAGAGAAACCCUAUCGCUGUAAACUGUGUGGUCGAUGCUUUACAGGUUUUGCUAGUCUUAAAUAUCACUUGAACACGAUUCACCAUUACGACGGUGGCCUUUAAAUGACGAGUCUGUCAGAAGGUGACGAACCAGAAGAACAUCAUUACACCAUUGUGGCUUUAUAGUGUCUUUUUGGUGGCAGAUGUAGAACAACCGUUAGGACAUAGAAUCUAUGAAGGAAUAUAUGGUAUACUCUUAACACCUUGAUUAAGGUUCAACAUUAGAUGUGCAACUCAUCUGACACAACGGAUAUAUAUAUAUAUAUAUAUAUAUCCACAUACAUACUACCUUUUAAAAGUUUGGGGUCAUUUAGAAAUUCUUCAGUUUCUUGGCAAUUUCUCACAUGGAAUAGCCUUCAUUUCUCAGAACAAGAAUAGACUGACGAGUUUCAGAAGAAAGUACUUUGUUUCCGGCCAUUUUGAGCCUGUAAUUGAACCCACAAAUGCUGAUGCUCCAGAUACUUAACUAGUCUAAAGAAGGCCAGAUUGAUUGCUGCUUUAAGCAUUAACAACAGUUUCAUAACAACUAACAGAACUGAAAAAGGGUUUUCUAAUGAUCAAUUAGCCUUUUAAAAUUAUAAACAUGGAUUAGCUAACACAACGUGCCAUUGGAACACUGAUGGUUGCUGAUAAUGGGCCU